AUGCGUGUCUUGUUUCCCAGAAGCAAAUUGAAUGAUAACACUAUUCCAUUGCAAUUUCAGCAGGAUUUGGCAUAUUUAAGGUCAUCUGACAAAAGCAAUGCUGACAGUAAUGUUGAGAAUGCUGAUUCCAGUAAGGCGGAUGAGGACAAAUCAGAAGCAACACCCUCUGAAAAGGGCUCAGGCAAUCCUACCACUGUUGAUGGCAGUAAUGAAGAGACAUCUUCUACCAAGGCCGACAAAGAGGACGACAGUACCUCGACAGCGAAGAGUAAAGACGAUGAUGAAACAUCAAAAGCUAAAGAUAAAGAUAAAGAAACGACUCCUAUUGAUCAAGGCGAUACGGAAAGCACAUCCACAUCUGAUACCAAAGAUCAAGAUGAUGAAACAUCGUCCAGUGACAAAGACGAUCAUGAAUUGACAACCGCCAAAAGUGACGGCAAGAGCAAGGAAACAAAAUUGACAGAAGCAAAAACAGUCGAAUCAUCAGCAUCUUUAGAUCAAGAUGAAGAAACAACGACUGUUGAGGACAAAGAGGAAUCGACCACAAACGCUGAAGAUCAAGACAGCAGUAUAUCAACAUCAGAUGAGGAGGCUGCAACCACAGGUAGACAUAAAGAAACCACCUCUGAUAGCAGUGAUGAACCUACAAGCACUACUUCUGAUAACAAGAAUGAGACGGCUACUAAAACUCAAAAGACAAAGGAUAGCCGAACUGAAUCUAAUGCUGAAUCAGAAACAACAGCGCAGACAGCAUCUUCUGAGAAUGAGUCAACGACAGAUGAAGUAACUCUUACCAGUACAGACGAUAAAGAAACAACAUCUAGAACAAGAGACAGAUCUACGACUGAAGCAGAUACUACCAGCGACUAUAAAGCGAUCACAAGCGAUGAAGAGCCUACGAGCACAUUAGCGAAUGAAAAAACAUUGACAACAGAUCAAGAGGCUCCAACGACUACAACCAUGAAAAAGACUUCAUCUAAAGAGGAUCCUAAAUCAACUGCUACGACAUCUAACAAAGAGACAAGUAAAGCAACUACCGAAGAGGAGCAGACUACCUCUACUGAGGCAAGCACUACGUUUACGACGGAAGAAGAGCAAACCACAACAUCGUUUAAUGAAGCAACCACUACCUCAUCAUCUGGAGAGGAGGCUACGUCUUCCACAGAUCCUGAAAGAAUGACCAGAACUAAGAGCAACCCCACUGAGACAACCACGACAGAUGCAACAUCCGCUGAAAGUACCCAAGAUCAAACAACGGCUAGCUCUGAACAAGCGACCAUGACUAAGGAGCAAAAGAGUAGUGCAACAACCUCUGAACAAAGUACCACAAAGACCUCUGAACAAGAGCAAGCUACAACAACAUCUGCAAAGGCAACUUCCAUCUCUGAUAAAGAACAAGGAAAAACAACGACAAAGGAAUCGACUAUUGCAACAUCUACAAAGGAUCAAGCUACAACGACAUCUAGCACAGAGAGUAAUGAGCCUACUACUUCUUACGCGAAAGACACAACAAGCUCAACCGUUGCUGAGAGCACUGCGGAUACUACGAUUAUAACUAGUGAAGAGCAAGCCACUACCACAACGGGCCAAGGGAUCACAAAAACGCUUGCUAGUAGGCCUACUGAUACAAGCACAUCUGAGACUUUGAAUACAUCAACAACAGUAUCUGAAGAGGAAACUAGCACAGAUACCACUGAGAGCCUAAAUACAAGCUCCACUGCGCAACAUACCACUGCGACAAGUACUCAAAAGCAGCCUACAACAAGGAAUGAUAUGACCUCAACAACAGAUCCAGAUCAGACAACCACGUUGACUGAUACGCCAACAGCUACAGAAUCUAAGCAAUCAACCUCUGCUACAAAGACAUCAGAAGAGGUGCCAACUACAGUAGCACCCACUGACGCCAGCAAAACAACCAAUGGUCCAGACAACUCAUCUACCACAGCCAAUGCUGAGACGGCCAUGACAACUAGUGGAGCGGCUAGUAGCACUACUACCGCAUCGAAUGAAACACCUGGUACAACUACCACAAAUCUAGAAGCAUCAUCUACAUCCGAUACAAUGUCAAGUCAAGUUGCUACUACUAUUACAAGUUCAGAUGUGGCUACGGUAACCGAGAGAGAAUCUGAUACUGGUAGCAGCAAUACAACAACCAUAACAACACUACCAGCUGCAACGACAUUGGAAGAGAGUGAUUCAAGCAGCGAUGGACUAGCCAUUUCUACUAGCACCAGUAGUGCCACGGCAACUACUAGCAAUCCGGCAGAGCAGACAUCGACAACGUAA